AUGGGUUUUGCUAAUACGUAUUUUGAAUAUGAAACUAAGAUUAUUGCAUGGUUGGGUACACUUCCAUAUGUACAUCAAUUCAUCCAUGAUCCAAUAAGUGGUAGAAUAACAUUUUUCCUGAUCGUUGUUGGUACCAUGGCAUUCAUCAAUGAAUUGUACAUUACCAUUGAAAUGAGUUUCUUGCAAAAGGAAACAUAUGAAGAAUUAGAGAAAGGUCAUAUUGAUGAGAGUUUAAAAUUACACAGGAUGAUUGUUCAAGAUGACUUUCAUAGCAAAGAAUAUAUGGAUGACAAAAGUGGUAUUAUCAUUGAGGAAUUUGAGGAAAGAGAAAAGUUUUUUGCCAAGCCAGUGCAUGUUGCUCAUGUUUAUGUCAUAUGUGAUGUUCUUCAGAAUAACGAAAACGUAUUGACAAAACCAUUCAAGUUCCAUUUAGAAUUUUCACCAGAAGAAUUCGAGAAUGAGAAGAGACAAGAAUUUGGCUGUAAUCUUCGUGUGCUAAGAACCAAACUUUAUCAUUUAUUUAAAGAUACGGAGCUAUAUCAUGAAUUGAACGAGGGCAAUAAGUAUGAUUUCACAGUUUCUCAAAGCAUUAACAUUUACAAUACUGUUGAUGAUUUGUUGCCAACUUCCAUCGAUGAUAUUCAAUUAUGUUUCUUAAAGAUCCAAACAGGUGAUCAAAUAAAAUGUGAAUUUUUACUUGAAAAUUAA